AUGACUCAACUUUUCAUUCUUGGUCGAUUACCGGAAGCGUACGCACCAUUUGACCCGCUCGUGGACGUACUCCCAAUUAUCCCAGUUCUUUUCUUACUUCUUGCUUUUGUUUGGCAAGCUUCCGUAAGUUUCCGUUAA